AUGUCCCUGCACAGGCUCCUGCAGCAGCAGAACUGCAAUGGCAAUUUGGAGUACUGUGCUGAUCCUGCCUACAGCUACUUCUCCACACUCACAGGCUCCCUCACAAUGGAAGACAACAGAAGGAUUCAAACGCUGGCAGACACUGUGGCCACUUUGCCUCGGGGACGAAAGCAGCUUGCAUUGGCCAGAUCAAGUUCUCUGGGUGACUUUUCCUGGUCUCAAAGAAAGCUUGUUACAGUGGAAAAGCAUGAUAAUGGAGCAUUUGGAUUUGAAAUUCAGACCUACAGGCUCCAGAGUCAGAAUGUCUGCUCCUCAGAAGUAUGCACUAUGAUCUGCAAAGUACAGGAGGACAGCCCCGCUCACUGCUCUGGCCUGCAAGCUGGUGACAUCCUUACAAAUAUCAAUGGUGUGUGCACAGAAGGCUUUACACACAAACAAGUGGUUGACCUGAUCCGGUCGUCAGGAAAUCUGCUAACGAUAGAGACUCUUAAUGGAACAACAAUUCACAGAAGAGCAGAACUUGAAGCAAAACUGCAGGCUUUAAAGCAAACCUUGAAGAAAAAAUGGGUGGAGUUCAGGUCUCUGCACUUACAGGAACAACGCCUGCUUCAUGGAGAUGCAGUAAACGCCCCAGAUUUGGAAAGUAUGGACCUGGAUGAGUCGUCCUUGUUUGGAAACCUGCUAGGGCCAGGGCCAGCCCUCCUGGACCGGCACCGAUUGUCCAGUGAGAACAGCUGUAAGAGCCGGCUGAGCUCCCUGACGGUGGACAGCGAGGACGGCUACCGGACAAGUGUUUCUGAGGACUCCAGCCGGGGCGCCUUCAGCCGGCAGACCAGCACGGAGGAUGAGUGCUUUCUCUCUAAGGACGGGGACGAUUUUCUGAGAAACGCUUCUUCCAGGAGAAACCGGAGCAUCAGUGUCACCAGCACGGGGUCCUUAUCUCCCUUGUGGGAGAGCAAUUACUCAAGCAUGUUUGGGACUCUGCCCCGGAAAAGCAGACGGGGAAGUGUCCGGAAGCAAAUUUUGAAAUUCAUCCCUGGCCUUCAUCGUGCUGUGGAAGAGGAAGAGAGUCGCUUUUGAUGGGCGGCAGGGACCUUUCGCCUCGGUCUGUUUCACAAUUCUCUCUCCACCCGCCUGGAUGAACUCCACCUGGCUUAGUGGGAAAGUCCACACCGACUGCUGAUGCUCACAUUCCCAUUACACAACACCGUUGACCUUUAAGUUCUUAUAUUGUUAUGUUUUGAAUCUUACAUCAGUUUUUUUAGCUCAAGUUCUAAGCAGAUAUCAGGGGAAGAAAGCAAUAAGUUAGGUAAAAUAAUCAUAUGCUCGUUCAUUCUAAUGCUGGCCACAAAAGCACAAAAAUAUUUAUUUUACUGGCUAUGCUCGUAAAAAGCAGAGAACUUAGAGUCAAGUGUGAAUAUGGAAGGGCAGAACGUAAUCACUGGGUUGCCUUUCAUAGGUUAAUUUGGUAAAGUACAAAAUUCCAUGCUUGCUUAAUGCUCAGUAGCCUCUGGAGAAGCCUUCACAAGAAAGAAUUAAAGUUUUUUUAUUUGUUUGUUUGUUUUGUUUUGUUUUGUUUUUUCAAACUUUCAAAGGAUCAUGAACAAAGAUGACCAUAAACAAAGGGAUAGCAAGUGUGAGGCAGGCUUGGGACCAUGACCCCAAGCUCCGGUCCCCCCCGCCACUUUUAAACAAAAUGAGUGAGAGUCUCAUUAUUUUUUGCCCAUUUCAAUUUCUCUUCUGCCUAAACAUGGAUGCCACACUCAGAAAUCUCAGGAUCCCAUAGAUCUGUGGUUUAUUUUGCUGCAAACGUCCAAAAUACUGAAGAUGAGAGUAGGAAAAGGUGUUCUUCUCUCAUGUUUAUUUUUUUCCUGCUGCUUCUCAUAAAAAUUCCACAUGGGUGUCAUCUCAGCUCCCUCACUUUCCUGUUAAAAAGAUGCUGUUAUUGUAUUCUCGCUUUUCAGUCAUUCUCUAUUUUAUUUCAACACCCAUUAAAGUCUUUGUUCUGGUAAUGGAGCUGUUAGUUACCUAUAUGCUAAAGUAAACAGUCUGAACCUAUAUGCUAAAGUAAACAGUCUGAACCAUAUGAUAAAGACUUAAGUUGAUUCUAGCUGUGUGUGUUUGUGUGUGUGUGUAUCUUCAACAGAAUUGCUACAUUUAAGUGAAUUUCGAUUUGGCCUAUAGAAAGCAAUUUUUGAGAAA